UAUGAUUUUAGACACAGCUGGCAAAGGGAACCAUCGCUGCAGUGUGAAGGUUGACCAACCAAGUAGAAAGAAAACGUCUUGACUCACAAAGAUCCUGAUAUGUUGGGUGAAGUUAUUUACUCCUAUGUGAAGUUUCCUCAGAAAAACAAAGGCAGAAAAGCAGCUGAUCAAACCAGCACAGGAGAUGGAAAUGAUGUCACCUACGCUGACGUGAAGUUUAAAGAAGCUCCAAGUGCCCAGAAACAGGGAAAGGAAAGUGAUGUCACCUAUGCAGCAGUGAAGUUUGCAGAAGCUCCAAGUGACCAGCAACAGGAAACCCCUAUUGGCACAGCAGAUCCUUCUGUCUGCAGAGUGUUUUCGUGCAGACAGGUUGCAUUGGUCGUGACGUUGCUGUGAUUGCUCUCAAUGGCUGCCAUGAUAUUCCUUGCAUUCUACCUUGUGGGCGUCCUCCAAGGUGUCCCACACUGUCCACAGGAAUGGGAGAUGUCCAGUAACAAGUGUUACUACUUCUCAAAUGAUACAAUGGACUGGAAUUCCAGUCAUAAAAACUGCACAUCAAUGGGGGGUCACCUGGUGAUUAUAGAGACUGUGGAAGAACAGAGAUUCCUAUCAGAAAAAGCUAAGCAGAUCCUGAACAAUAAUAUUCUGACCAAAAAAGAGAUGUCACACUGGAUCGGCCUGACUGAUGUGGUAAAAGAAGGAGACUGGCUCUGGGUGGACAACACAACUCUCAAUUCCAGUAUAGUAUACUGGGCCACUAGACAGCAUGAUGGUGGUAAAGAGCCAGAUAACUAUGAUAAACUGGACACAUCUGGGGAGGACUGUGUACGUCUACUUCCAGUAAAGAAUAACACCCUGAACAUCUGGUACGACGCAUCAUGCUCAGCUCAUUAUGAAAGAAUCUGUGAAACAAUACCACAGCUGGUCUAGACAAUCCACAAGCAAGGGUUUUAGCUACAACUAUUUAAGUAAAAAAAAAGAAAAACAUAAAUUACAUCAUUUCUGAAAAAAUAUCCAAAUCAUAAUGAAAUGUAAACCUAGCCCUGAAUAUUAAUGUAUGGUCAUUUAAAGUUGUCUGUCUAUUAAUCAAUCUCAACUCACCAGCAGGGAUGAGCAUCCCUAGGGCAGUGCACCACAGAAUACAACACAGUAACACAGUAACACAGUGACACAGUAACACAGCAACACAGCGACACAGCAACACAGCAACACAGUAACACUUCCCAUUCUAACAUCACAUGAACUAUUCCAUCAUUACAGACCUAUAUAUAUGACAGGUCUAGGAAAGAGAAAUCCACUCAAAACAGCACACCAGUAAACUAAUCAAGUGUCUGCUCACAGAAAUUGUUAUUUCUGUUUCUGUACAAGUCACUGGAACUAUUUAAUUUGUUUAACUGCAUUGUCUUUUUAAAGUGAUUUAUUGCUGAUAGGUUUUAAGGAGUUGAGGCUUAUUAUUUUCCAAUGCGUGUAUAUUAUUUUUUCAUAUACAGCUGUGGCCAAAUGUUUUGCAUCACCUAGAAUUUUAGGAUUGAGACAUAAUUCCCCUGCCUCCAGAGCCCGCUCCUUCUCCACCCUUGCUCCCCAGUGGUGGAAUGACCUUCCUACAGAUGUCAGGACUGCCCAGUCCCUGACCACAUUCCGGCGCCUCCUUAAGACUCACCUCUUCAAACAGCACCUGUAGAACUCCUCUGUUGUAUCCUGGGACACUAUCACCCUUCAUUUAAAUAUGCUUUAUUUUGCUCUUAUC